AUGGAGACAAUCCGAGGGCUCCUGUGGAAGCCUACACCAGAAGAGCAGAAGCGCAAAUGCAAUGCUCUCGUGCGCCAAAAUGUGCGCAAGCUCGACCGCGACAUCCAGCAGCUCAAGGCGACUGAGCAAAAGACAAAGACCCUGAUUAUGCAAUCCAGUAAACGCGCGCAACGCAACCCCUCCAUGGCGAAGCAAGCCAACCACGAAGUGCGCAUCUUCGCCCGAGAGCUGAUUCGUGUGCGGAAACAGAAUGCCCGACUGCAGACCAGCAAGGCCCAGCUGAACUCGGUGCAGAUGCAGGUCAACGAGGCCUUUUCCGUCCGCAAGAUCGAGGGCAGCAUCAAGGCGAGCACGGGCAUCAUGAAGGAUGUAAAUAGUCUUGUGCGUCUGCCAGAGUUGACAGGCACCAUGCGAGAACUGAGCUCCGAGCUCAUGCGUGCUGGUAUCAUCGAGGAAAUGGUAGAUGACACGCUCAUGGAAACCGACAUGCUGGACGGCGAGGCUGAUGAGGCUGAAGAAGAGGUGGACAAGGUGCUUUCCGAAGUCUUGAAGGAUAGGCUUCCCGCGAGCAAGACGAAAGAGGAAGAGCUUCCCACCGCGCCCCAGGCUGUCGAAGAGGACGAAGAGGAUCAAGCCGAACUACUUGCACAGAUGCGAGGCAGGCUGGAAGCACUCAAGAGCUGA